AUUUUUGUUGCUGCUGGCGGGCGGAACACGGACGGUUUGGGUGUGGAGGUAAACACGUAGCUCGGUGCUAGAGACCCAUUUCACCAAACACGCCGACAAUGUCUCGAUUCAGAAGACCGGAUAAGAUGGACUCUCUUGCUGGCUUCAAGACAGAAAAGGCAGAACCGGCCGUUCCUCACGGUUUGUUGAAGGCAGCCAGGAAAAGUGGCCAGCUCAACCUGUCCGGCCGAGGGCUGACAGAAGUCCCUCAGAACGUGUAUCGUCUAAACAUUGACACGCCAGAGGAGGCGCAGCAGAAUGUGUGCUUCGGAGCGUCAGAUCGCUGGUGGGAACAGACUGACCUCACCAAACUACUGCUCUCAUCCAAUAUGCUUACCCAGCUGUCUGAUGACAUUAGACUAUUGGCUGGACUCACUACACUGGAUCUCCAUGACAACCAGCUGAGCAGUUUACCACGUGCUUUGGGAGAACUGCAGGAACUCCAGCAACUUCGACUAAGUCAUAACCAGCUGACAUCACUGCCAGUGGAGGUGUGUAUUCUAAAGAACCUCCGUAGCCUCACAAUCCAGCAGAACCUGCUGGAGAGCCUGCCAGAGGAACUGGGGCAAUUGCAGAACCUGACCGAGCUGGACCUGUCAAACAACCAUCUGAAGGGCCUGCCGUCCAGCCUGGGCCAUCUCACCUGCCUGCAGAAACUGAACCUGUGUCACAACAACCUCAGCUGUCUGCCUGACAGUCUGGCUAAGCUAACAAGUGUUAAGCUGUUGGAUUGCAGUAAAAACCAGCUGACUGAUAUCCCUGCAAGCCUGUCAGAGAUGCUCGCUCUGGAGCAGCUCUACCUCAGACACAACAAGCUCCGCAUCUUCCCACAGCUCCCUGCACCCGCACUCAAGGAGUUGUAUGUUGGGAACAACCAGAUUGAGCAGUUGGAGACAGAGCAGCUGGCCUGCCUGGCAGCCAUCUCUCUUCUAGAACUCCGAGACAACAAGAUCAAAACCCUCCCUGAACAGAUCACCUUACUGAGCACACUCACACGCCUCGACCUCACCAACAAUGACAUUACAACUCUUCCAGCGUCUCUCAGCCUGCUGCCCAAUCUGAAGGUGUUACUGUUGGAGGGAAACCCUCUGCGAGGAAUCAGGAGAGACCUACUCACUAAAGGAACCAAUGAGCUUCUGAAAUAUUUAAGAGGAAGAAUUAAAGAGGAGCCUGAGAGAGCAGAUGAAGGACAUACAGCUAUGACGUUACCCAGCCAGGCCGGCGUCAAUGCACAUAAAAUUAAAACUCAAAAGUCAUUGGUGUACAGCGAGAAGCAGGCAGGUAUCAUACCAGAUGAGCUGUUUGAUGCUGCAGCAGGUCAAGGUGUUACCACUGUUAACUUCAGCAAGAACCAGCUGACCUCCAUACCUCCCAGACUGGUGGAGUUCCACUCGUCACUGUCAGAUAUCAAUCUGGGUUUCAACAGACUGACCUGCUGUUCUCCUGAUAUUUGCAAAUUACUGCAGCUGACAUACAUCGACCUCAGGAAUAACCAGUUGAGUGAUUUACCAUCUGAAAUGAAGAACUUAACUAAAGUACGCUCCAUUAUCCUCAGUUGCAACAGGUUCAGGUCCUUCCCUGAAGUCCUCUAUCAGAUCGCAUCCUUGGAGACGGUGUUGCUUGGUAACAACCAGGUGGGUGGGGUGGAACCUAGUCGUCUGAUGAAGUUGGUUCACCUGUCAACACUGGAUCUGUCAAACAAUGACCUGCUUAACAUCCCCCCUGAACUGGGCCUAUGUUCCAACCUGAGGUGCCUUAGUCUGGAGGGGAAUCCUUUCCGCACACCCAGAGCAGCGAUCGUGGCCAAAGGAACGGAUGCAGUGUUGGAGUACCUCCGCAGCCGCAUACCUACAUGACCCCUGAAAUAAGCUCAGAUGUGCUCAACACAGGCCUUUUUUUUUUUUUAAAUCAAUUUUGACAUUUAAAUGCUUCAACCAACAAGUUGAUUGUUCUUUAUUUUACACAAGUGUGCAAUUCAGUCCACAGUAAUAAAAGAACCAAUGACAAA